GCGCCGCGGGGCCCCGGCGCGCCCCGCUCCCGCCGCCCCCCGCCCGCAGGUGCAGGGGGCUGGCACUCGGCAGCUGGAAAGAGCUGGUUGGAGUUUGCACUUUAAGCUCCCGGCGGGGAGGGAGCCGAGGCUGGGAGCUGGUCCGGGCGCUCGGCGCCGCGGGAGGAUGGCGCGGUGGCUGCGGCCCCUCGUGGGAGCCCUGCUCCUGCUCGAGGGGGCGGCCGCCCUCAGCUUCCUCCACCAUCGAUACGAGGAGCUGGUGCAGGCCCUGUUCCGCGUGCAGAGCCAGUGCCCCUACGUCACCCGCAUCUACAGCAUCGGCCGCAGCGUCGAGGGCCGGCACCUCUACGUGCUGGAGUUCAGCGACUACCCGGGCAUCCACGAGCCCCUGGAGCCAGAGUUCAAGUAUGUUGGGAACAUGCACGGGAACGAGGUUCUGGGCCGUGAGCUGCUGCUGCAGCUCUCGGAGUUCCUGUGUGAGGAGUACCGCCGGGGCAACGAGCGGAUCACGCGCCUCAUCCAUGACACGCGCAUCCACAUCAUGCCCUCCAUGAACCCCGACGGGUACGAAGUGGCUGCCAAGCAGGGCCCAGACAGCAACGGGUACUUGACAGGGAGGAAUAAUGCCAAUGGAGUGGACUUGAACCGCAACUUCCCUGACCUCAACACACUCAUGUACUACAGCAGGGAAAUCAGCGGGCCAAAUCACCACAUCCCACUGCCUGACAACUGGAAAAGCCAGGUGGAACCAGAGACAUUGGCUGUGAUCCAGUGGAUCAGCAGCUACAACUUUGUGCUCUCAGCCAAUCUGCAUGGUGGAGCAGUGGUGGCAAAUUACCCCUAUGACAAGUCCCAGGAUCAGCGGUUCAGGAGCCACCGGCGCACGGUCAACACGCCGACCCCUGAUGAUAAGUUGUUUCAGAAGCUGGCCAAGACCUACUCAUAUGCCCACAGCUGGAUGCACCGGGGCUGGAACUGCGGGGACUACUUUGCUGAUGGCAUCACAAAUGGGGCAUCCUGGUACUCGCUCAGCAAAGGCAUGCAGGACUUCAAUUACCUCUACACCAACUGCUUUGAAAUCACGCUGGAGCUAAGCUGCAAUAAAUUUCCCCCUGAGGAGGACCUGGAGAGGCAGUGGAUGGCCAACCGGGAGGCCCUUGUUGCUUUCAUUGAAGAGGUUCACCAGGGCAUCAAAGGGAUGGUGUCAGAUGAGAACAACAAUGGCAUUGCAGGAGCAGUGAUUUCUGUCCAGGGAAUCAACCAUGACAUCACCUCUGGUGAUAUGGGAGAUUAUUUCCGGCUGCUAUUGCCUGGCACUUAUACUGUCACAGCCUCUGCAGAGGGAUACCAGCCCCUGACAGUCACAACAACAGUGGGCCCAGCUGCACCUUCAUUGGUGCAUUUCCAGCUCAAACCAGAAGUGGUGAGGAAGCCUGCGGAGCGCAAAGCCUCAGGCACUCGGAUGAACAACAAAGCCCUUCAGAAGAAGGUGGUGCCAAGAGCCACCCGCAGGGGGACCCAAAGAUAAGGACAGCUCAUUUGGCUGAGAGCUGGGGAAGCCGUUUACAUGAGGCCUGGCUGAUGACUCCAGCCAGUGAACUUUCCAGCAGUUCAGCAUGAAACUAGCCCAAAUUAUUAAACAAGGAAGUAUUUAA